GCAGUCAAGGUAGAGAUCCAACCCUGGUUACAAAUACAAGAUUAUAUCAGAUCGCUGAGCCAGGUUCCAUUGAGUCUGAACCAAUAGUUCAGCACUAUAAAUGAGAUUUGAACAGCUUUUGUCACAUCAAAAUCCUGGUUUCGAAGACGAUCGAGACGUUCUAAUAUACCACGGAUCAUGUCAUCUUCGAGUGUCGAGUACUCCGUCCCAAUUGAGAAUGCUGGGCAAGUAGGCGUGUUGGUAUCGUCUGCACUCUCGAUUCUCAUCCCGACCCUACUUGUUACUCUGCGCUUCAUCGCCAAGCGAUCUGUAGCAAGAUCACUCGACGCCAGCGAUUACUGCAUUGUUGUAGCUCUCAUAUUCAACAUCGGGCUUCAUAUAGACUGCUGGCCAAUGGUGUAUCGUGGUGCUUUCGGCUUUCACGUUGCUGACAUCAUGGUCAGGUUUGGUCUCGAGACUCUUACGUUCUUCUUCAAGGGAAUCAUGUGCUUUGCUCUGAUUUGGAACGGGACAAUCUGUUUCAGCAAGCUGUCGGUCCUCCUGAUGUACUCGGCGCUUAUCCCUAUCCGACAUCUCAUCAUACCAGCUCGAGUAUUAGGCACGCUGAUCGUUCUUUGGAACUUUAGUAGCUUUGUCGCCGGUCUAGCCAUGUGUCAACCCAUCGCUCGAAAUUGGGACCAGAGCAUCAGGGGGGGAUUCUGCGGCGACAAAGUGAAGUACUACAUGUGGCUCGGUAUCAUUAACGUGGUAACCGAUGUCUUGAUUCUUGCACUUCCUAUCCCCUUCGUGUAUGGCCUUAACAUGAAGCUACGAAAGAGGCUCGUGUUGAUUGCGAUGUUCAGCAUCGGGUUUUUUACAUGUGCCAUCACAAUUUAUCGGCAGACAAUGUUAACCUAUCUGGACUUUACCGACAUGCCCUUUUCAGGAUUGCUGGCGACGAUCUUCUCCUGACUGGAACCCGCUGUCGCUAUAUCCCUAGCUUGUGUUCCUUUCCUGCGUCCGCUGUUUGGAAAAAAGAAGGAUAGCCAAGCCGACCCGCGCUACAACGCCGGAAGUGGGAGUGGUUCUUUGUCGAGGAACAACAGAAGUGGUAGUAAUCGGCCAUUUCAGGAGCUCGAUAAUGCUUCCGACAUCCAGUUACAGCCC